CUGCUGCCGCCGCUACUGCAGUCCGGCAUGGCCCGGGGAGCGGGGACCCGGGGGACCCGGCAGCCCAAGGCCCGCGACGACCCUGACACCGUGGGCGCGCUGCUGGGGGAGUUUCUACCCACCAAGUUUCGCGACUUCCUGCACCAGCUGCGCGCCAAAUGCGCGCAGCCGGAGGCGCACCUCCCCGCAGCACCCUCAACGCCACAGUACCCCAAGGGUGCAUCAGAGCACUGCCUAGGUUUGCGUCGUUCCUGCUGCUCAUUCCUCCCAGACCUGUGGGACCAGUCGUUGCAUUCAGAGGACAGUUUUAGAGAGAAGCCUACCCUGGGGCCUCCAAGAGGUGAAUUCAUCACAGCCAAAAAGGCCAACCCCCCCUCUGGAGAAGGCUCAAGGCCUCGCCGGCGCUAUUGUCCUUUCCGGGUGAGAUUUGCCGACGAAACCCUACAGGACACAGCACUCCGCUACUGGGAACGCAACCGUGCAGUUCGUCAGAACAUCUUUCCGUGUGAGCAGACGACUUUGCCUGCCGUGUCUGUGUCAGAGCGGGUACUUGGGAGUGUUGGGAGAUGGCUGGACAGUCUGCCCAGAGCCCUGCGUCCCAGGGUCCAAGACACUGUGGCCGGCUCCUCGUACUGGAACUGCCCCCGAGUGUCAGCUCAGGAACCACAGCUCUACCUUUCUGAAGAUGCCACCAUGAGCAGCCGCCUACCCUUCAUCUCCAGGGCCACCACACCAAGGCCAAGGGGAGGCCUCAGGACCUUCCUGGACACUCCUAACACUGUGGAGCAGGAGUCCUUUCUGCCCAGCUUGGUGCUGCAAUCCAUCCUGAAGCGAGGCCGCCCUAAGGGCUACCGGCUCCUCCUGCCAUCCACAAACCGGCAGCAGGCUCAGAGGUCAGUCCAUGUCUGAAGCAGACCCCAGCCGUUAUCUUAACCUGGGGCAAUGGAUAAACAACUCCUUCAGUGCCAGAGGCUUCUCUGCCCACCGUCUUGUAGAGUGAGGGUAUCCAGACCCCAGCCCAGGAAAAAGAGCCCUGCGUGUGGGUAAACCUUAGCCCUCUCAGCCUGCUACAGUGUUCAAAUCCACAUGGGGAAGGGGCCCGAGACAAGAUGGCAGGCACCUUCUAGAGUUUAUUUGCUGUACGAACCUAGCCACCUCCAUACACGUGGGCACUCUACGACGCCACGUUCCCAUUUUCCUGGAGGAAAUUUGGGAGCCUCCCUCCCUCUGGAGUUUCCGACUUGAGCUCUGACCAGGUCUUUAUCGCCACCUGCUGGCCGGUGAAGAAACAGCUCGGACACUCUGCAGAGAGUGAUCUAAACCCGGAAACAGGAUGCUAAAGCGGCGUUUGUGCUGGUUUGGGCUGGUCAUCUUGGGGAUCGGGUGCGCUGGGGAUAGUAAAGGGAUGAAGAAAGGUA